AUGGAAAUGCAAAUCCAUGUUGAAGGAGGGGACAUUUCUUUGUUAGACUCUUCUUCUGGUGGGAUUUAUGAGAAGUCUCUGCCAUGUUUUGGUUGUGGCAUUGGAAUGUUCUCGUUUUUAUUGGGGUUUGUAUUUCCACCAUUAUGGUACUAUGCUACAGUGCUUUACUUUGGAAACUAUUACCUUAAAGAUCCUAGAGAAAGACCUGGACUUGCAGCAUCAGCCAUUGCAGCUUUGAUUUGCUCGGUCAUUGUCUUGGUUUCCCUAGCUGUUGUUUUCUGUUAGUUGGGUCUCAUGUUUUGACUGGACACAGGGAUUAUUCAACCACACUUGUUGAAUUUUCUGUACUGAAUUUGGGCAUACAAGUGCCAUGUAUGUUUAUCACUGUAAUGAAUUUACAAUAGGAACAUAGUAAAGUCUAUAAAUU